ACAAUUCAGUCGGAAACGAAAUAUCGUUGUGCUAGUACGUCUCAGUCGCUCGCGCGCACGCGAUCCUAAGUUAUUCUCUUCGUCACACAUUUGUGACUGUAAGUGGAGUGAAACUUAUUGAAAUCUCAAGAAAUUGUUAUCAUACGAAUCAGUUUAGUGUUUGAUUACUGAAGGAUGUUGUUCCGUGGAUUUUUCUGAUUCAUUACGGUGGACGUUCGCGCCACGAAAUUUGUUUUUGUUUGCGCAGUUUAAGCCGGUGCACUAAUUGCCGUUUGCGGAGGUAUCCUGACUGCUUGCUGGAAGGAAAAACUGAUUCUAAAUUGAGAUGAUCAUGGAGUGAUCAUUGGGAGCAUGCGGUGGUUCAAAAAGGGCGAGCCGCCUCGGCUGCUCGCCGUGACGCCUGACGAACCAAGACCAGCGCGUAGGUCAAGGAUCGAUUUGUCUCCAGUGCGUUACCCCAACCGCAAAAGCAGCAGCAGCUCAGUAGAAACAAAUUUUUACAAUCUCAGCGAUCAAAUCAUAAUCGUGGAAAAAUCUCCGCAUAGAUGCCACCGCGGUGGUGAGACUCCAGUUAGUCGACGCAUAUCGCUACAAAGCGGUCCCACUUCACCGCAGGAAAGUUAUAAUACAUCGCGUAAAAACCGCGGAGGCUCACUAGAGAAAGAGUACAUGGUGUGUCGAGAAAGGCGAAACCCGUUGCUCGAUAAAGUUAAGAACACUAAACUGUCUUGUUUCAAAUCGAACGGUCCUCUGCGGCACGGGGAUGACGCCGCUUCAACUUCUGGAAGCGAUUGCAGUGGAUUCGGACACGUAGAGGACGUCACUAAUUGUCGAUAUCCCAACAAUUAUGCUGACACCCACAUUGAAUUUGAGAAUCAUAACCCUUGGGUAAAAAUGCCAAAUUAUGACGACGAUGUAUUUUUCGUAAAAAGUAUGACUAGUCCCGUUGAGUGUCACUGGAGGGAAGGCAAAUCAUUUACCAAUAGAGGCACCCGUUGUUACAGCUCCGGCUCGGAGUGUGAUCGAUAUCAUGCAAUACCUAAAGCUGGUGCAAAACUAUCAAAGUCAAGUGAUCAAAUCUUUAAUGAUGAUUACGAAACCUAUGACGACACGCCUAUAGCGCUCAACUCUCAAAAAAAGACUGAUAAACUUAAGACUAAGGAUGGAAAGGAGUCUGUUGGCCCCAGUUCCUGUCUGUCGGCAAAACUAAGAGCCAUGUCGGAUAGAUACCUUAAGUCAUCAACAAACAAAUUUCUUUCAAAGCUUUAUAGACAAGCUGGAGAAAACGAUGAGGAAGUAAAUACAAGUAAUGAUAAUAUUUUAAAGUCAACCAGUGUAGUAAGUAAAAGUCGUAAGAAAAAGGGUGGGGUCAAAGCUAAGCUACGUAGUUUCUCUUACGGAGCGCUGCCUGGCUUAGAAGAAUUCCAGAAGGGUCAUUCCGUGUUCCAUGAUGACGUCUAUCAAAUAUCGUGUGAUGAUGAAAAUGUUUUAAUUCAGGACUGUGAAGAUGCAGAUUCCGGAAUUCUUGUAAACGAGUCGGCUGCAUCUUCUAUUUUUGACAGCGACCGAAUAUCAUCACGAUGCGAAAGUUCCGCUUCCCAGGCGCACACGCUUGUCCCCUGUCAUGGCCGAAGUAUAUCCGGCGAUCAAAGCUAUAUGAAGGCCAGAGUCUCAGGUAGAAUGAGCAGGGAAAGGAAGGACUGUCCAAGACCAAGACCUAGGCAUACCCAAAGGGCCUUAUCGUUGGAUCGCAAAGAAAUUUUGAGACGUAUGCCAAAAAAAGAAAAUGAUUAUGAGGAGCCCCAAUAUCUACAGCUAACCGAAAAGCAGAGAAUGCGCCAAAGGGAUGCUAGUCGAGAUUGCGGUAUCCCGCCAAUCCCUCCUUGCAGGAAACCAAUGCGUGGUAAUAGGACAGAUAAAUCUCAAUCAGAAUUUAAAGUAGUGCGGAUAAUAAGAAACAAUCCGUCUGAUGAACUCGGAAUAUUUAUAGCCAAAACUAAAUUAACGGAUGAAGGUCAUGUCGGAUAUUUAGUCGCCCAUGUUGUUCCUGGAGGUUUAGCAGAAAAGGAAGGCACUCUACGUAUCGGAGAUGAAUUGCUUAACGUUAAUGGUCGAAGACUUCGAGACCUCACUAUGUCUGAAGCCAAAGAAGCUCUCAAAUCCGGUUCUGCGGAUAUCGAUAUAGUUAUUUGUAGGCAACGGGACAAGCCGUCGGACGCCAGACAGAGAGAACUAUCCCAAAGGAGCAUAACAUUAAUGAGAGAAAGCUCCGUAGAUUACGAGAAUGCUAUAAUUUUAGGAAAGGAAAAACGGGCUGAUAAAAGUGACGUCAGUAUGUGCCGGCGUCGGUCGCAGGAUGAGUCGGCGUGUAAUCACACCGCACUAUCAGCGGCGGACGAGUCGGCCGACAGCGCGGUGGCGGCGCACUCGCACUUCCUCAAGGGCCAGAACGCGAGCUACAGCAGCAUGAACAACAAGCUGCUGCGCCGCCAGGUCGUGAGCUACGGUGGCGCCAACAAGGACGGGCUCGCGCUCAGUUGUGCCGGCGACAUCGUCAACGUCGAUACGCCCGACGGCGCCGAGCGGACAAAAUGCAAAGACGAUAGUGAGAGUGAAACACAAACGCCAAAUGCGGCUAAUUUUUGUACGUUACCCCGGAGGCCGAGGGCGCCGACGCACACCUACCACACGAUCACCUUUGAAAAGGGCCACGGGAAGAAACCUCUUGGUUUCACCAUAGUGGGCGGGCGCGACUCCCCUCGAGGCCCGCUGGGCAUCUUCAUCAAAAGCAUACUUACACAAGGCCAAGCUGUAGAAGACGGGAGAUUAAAAGCAGGAGAUGAAGUGCUGGCGGUGAAUGGACACGCAUGCCAUGAGCUUGCUCAUGUUGAAGCUCUUGCACUUUUCAAGUCAGUCCGCAGUGGACCCAUAGAACUAAGAGUAUGUCGAAGAGUCAAAAACCCACAAUCUACCAAAGCCAAAUCGUGCACAGACCUUCUUAAUGACGACGAGUGAAGCUGAAACUGUACAUAGCCUAGCUUAUACGCAUGAUCAUAACUUUAUUUCUGUACGUUUUUUGGUUUUAUUUAUAUUCUGCAUGAACUCUGUUAUGUCCAAAAAUCAUAUAACAAAUAAAAUAAUGAUACGAUGUAUAGCUUUAAAGCAAUAAUAGUUUAAAGGGGUUUAUAAGGCGCUAUUCCAACCAUGUUUUAAGCUGGAAAUCGUUUGAGGAAACAAUCUGUGGUCAAACAGAUCCAUCGUGAAAUUGAUAUGCCAUGAAUUUCAAUGAAACGUUUUUAUUGAUACAUCAAUAAAGUAGGUAUAUCUCUUUAAAUGUGCCAUUUAAAUGUAGUUGCACAUUAUACGCUUUCACUUAGGUUAGCAAUAAAAACUAGCUAAGUCUGUUUGAAAUGAAAUCUG